GAGCAGGUUUAGUUGAGCUCAAACCGCGACUGUUGCAGCACGUGUACGUGGAUAGAGCAGCACAAAAACCGUUCACAAGAAGCUUCCCUUUUGCGUUCGGUUUCGGUUUUUGGUACUACCGUUUUGUUUCUCCUCACAGUUCCGGAACGAAAUAGUAAAAGCGAAUAGUGCAGAAAGGUGCUCGCGGUUGUCAAUUAAUUGUGUCACGUAGUGUAUUGAAUUGGUUGUGCUUUUUUGGAGAGUGGAAAUAAGUGAGCGUAAAGCAUCAACAAAAAAAAUUAAAAAAAAAUACCAACCCCUUCAAGCAGACGAAAAGAAAACGGGAGCUUAUUAAACGGAACGGACCUACGAGCGUUCAGUGAUUUUGGGCAUCGAUUAAACAAAAACCGACGACCGACACAAAAUGUCCUGGCGAUAUGCGUAUCUGACACACUACCGUAAUAACGACAAAAUGGCUGAACAAACGACCGGUCGGCAGCUGCAACGGAUUCUUCACUACUCGGUUACACCGUGCCGACCAAUGCUGGGCCUUCGACGAUCCGAAUGUGCAUUAUAUGACGUUGACUGUGAUGAAGUUUACCCCCGGCUGUACAUUGGCGAUGCUAACUCAGCUAAGAACAAACAGUAUUUACGGUUGAUCGGUGUAACGCAUGUUCUGAACACGGCGGAAGGAACUCGUUUCGGACAGGUUGAUACGGGGCACAGUUACUACCGGGAUAUGUCCGGCAUCAGGUGUACUUUUAGGUAUAUGGGCUUUCCGAUGAUUGACCAGCCGACGACAGAUAUCAGCCGGUACUUCUACAUCGCCUCCAAGUUCAUUGAGAAUGGCAUCAACAGUGGAGGCAAAGUAUUGGUCCACUGUAUGAUGGGUAUGUCCCGAUCGGCAACGUGCGUCCUCGCGUACCUUAUGAUCGCACGCAAAAUGACGGCCGCCGAAGCGAUCCGCACCGUACGGAUGCAUCGGGACAUUCGUCCGAACGAGGGCUUCCUGCAGCAGCUGGCCGAUCUUGACAACGAGCUGAAGCGUGACCGAUUGUACUAUUGACUCGAGUGUGGACAGCGCUUCAGAAAGAAAUAAUUCCGAUUAUAUUAAUCCAAACAAACGGUCAACUGUAGAAGGGCAAAACAAAAACAAAACAAAAAAAAAGAUGGAGAACUAGAGUACUCAGCUCUAACCAAACAGCACUCACGGAUGUAAUCACGUUCGGUGUGAACUAAUCUCUAACUCAUCAGACACAAUGCUAUUUUAACUCUCAUACUCAGCAUUCAGCGACCAUAAAGCAGAACGAUGUGCGACAGCUUGUUGAAUAUGUUGUGGCCAUUUUAGCGUAGGUUUCCAAGAUACUCGAAAACGGAUGGCAGCUAGUCGGGUGGUCAAUAAUGUGAUUUUUACCAAGGGUAAUAAUAGUGGGAAACUCCAAAAUCCAUUCCGAAUAAAGGGGCAAAAGAAUUAGUAGGAGCACUACAUCGCCCAAUCAUCGUUAUGUUAUGAAAUUACGAGGAGAGUUAAUUAGCGACGCACAUAAAGAUGGUCUAUAUAACUUUGUUUUUGUUUCUGUUUGUUUGACGCAGUGGUUUUAGCUCUAACUCACUUCCUUGUUAAUACUAUUUCCUCUGUACAACAGAACAUACAUCAGAAUUUUGCUUUAAGAAGGGUUCUAAACGAUCAUUCAAACCAAUCAAAUAAUGAGAAGAGCAGUGGUAGAUACAACACCGCAAUCCAGGGAAAUACAAAACAUACCAAAACUUACCCAGUAGCGAUAGGGACGACUUUUUAUGGGCCAUUCUAUACGUAGAUCUAGAUCUGCUAGUCUGUCGGAAGCACAACACCACAACGGUCAUCCGAUGGGAAAGAGUUUUUUCCCCCCCUUAGGUACAGAAGAUCCACCGUGUGUUAGCUGGGACUAUGUUUUUUUUUUCUGGACAACUUGAGCAAACUUAUUCUUAACCUAACGAAGUUACAAAACAAUUGCAAUGAAAAAAAACCUCCGAAUCUCAACGAGAAAAGAGCGUUGAUAGAAGAACAUGUUCCAAGAACGGUACAGUGAGCUGUUGUAGCAGUAGAACCAAGAAUAAUAAUAAAAAGUAAUAAAAAUAGACCAGUAGAUCAGUUGGGGAGUUGGGAAUAGACACAUUUUUUGAUAACAACUAGUAGUGCUAAAUUAUUCAAGAAACCACACACACACAAAAAAAACCAAAGCCAUAUUCUAGCCGCCGGCGGUCGUACGAAACGGGAAAAACUAAAGGUUCGGAAACCAAACAAAUAAACAAAAAAAAUAACAAAAUGUUGCCAAGGCAGAGCCUAUGGAGUUUACAGUUCCGAUAGCUUGUUGGAAACUGGAAGAGUGAUAGCGAGAGAUUUAGCGUGUUGAAGAGUUCGUAGAGAUGCUUGAACGAAUUAUUGACAGUUUUAAAUGCGAAUUCGCCCAUGAUCGGUAGGGAAAUGCGGGGGCGGGAAAAUGCAAAGGUACAGAAAAGCGAUAAUCAUGAAGGAUUGCCAUAUUAGGUUUUUGUCUUUUUGGCCUGUCCAUGCCAGGCAUCAAAGGUGCAGGUGGCAGUAUUAGAGCACUAUUUACAGAUGCGCAGGAGCAGUUGAGAGUGAGGUACGAUUAAUGCAAGUGCUAUUAGGAAUGGUUUUAAAUCAUUAUCGGAAUAUUGGAAAGUUUUAUGGUUAGAUUACAGAGGAAGCAAAACACAUAAACACACGUACAACAACAAUGGCAUCGAAAUGGAUGAUCUAAUAAAGGAAACAAACUGAGAAGAAAAUGGUUCUAAACAAAA